GGGAUGGAGGUGGGAUGGGGGGAGCAUGUGAUGUCACAGCAGGACAGAUCAGGUUUAUGUUCUGCAAGCUACACAGCAAAGACGCACUUCUGGACGUGAAGCUCGACCUCUCCAUCCACCUGCUCCCGCGACUCGCAAGGUCAUCAUGAACCUCGUAGUGGUGGAAAACAUCUACCUCCUGGUCAUGGUCACCCUCAUCAGCGUACUUCAGAAUGCAUUCUUUGCCCUGAAGGUGGAGAAGGAGUGCAAAACUCAAAAUGUCAACACAGCUGCUUUUGAACGAGUCUCGUGUGCCAAUCGCAACUGCAUGGAUGCUUAUCCCACUUUCCUGGCAGUGAUGUGGUGUGCUGGUCUGUGUCUCAGUCAAGCGCCUGCUGCCUUUGCCGGGAUCAUCUAUCUUGUAGUCAGGCAGAAGUACUUUGUUGGAUACAUGGGACAAACCUCUCAAAGCACUCCAGGCUACCUGUUUGGAAAACGCGUCCUCGGCUUCCUGUCCCUGAUGUGCAUCGUGGGCAUCUCCAGCUACCUGCUGGUGCGCUACUACGGCAACGGCUAUAAGGAAUACGUAGAGACCAUCGCCAACGCUGCAUCUGCUCUUCUCCUCAUCCCUUAGUCCCGUUGGUGUGUGUCACAUAAUGGCAACCCCACAUUUAUCUUUUAACUUAUGAGAACUCAAUUAAAACUCUGUACUCGUUUUUUUUUGUAAAAGAACAUUUAUUGUGUUUGAGCUUCGUAAAAAAUAAAAACUUCUCGUAAACAAA